AUGACUCUCAGGGACUCUGAAGGUCUUGAAAAUGCAUGGCAACAAGAAGGUCCGACCGUUGUAAAUCAAUUUUCUCGCACGCCACCUCAAGGUAAGCAUACCAUCCAGGUCAAGUCCUUUGAGAAGCUCUGGUUCACGCGAAGUAUAGGUUUUUCCUCCACUUCCGAACCACCUACAGUCAUAUAUGAGGGUUACAAGUUUUUUAAAGCAGACCCCAUUCCAGGCGAAGAGGCCUCAUGGACCAAGGUCGAGCGCACGAAGAUGCUCAUGACACAGAGCGAUUACUGCAGGAAGGUUCAGAAGCGCGCGAACAAAAUCUCUGCAGCUCAGCAGUAUCAGUUUUUAUCUGAAAUUCGACAGGCACAUAUUAAUCAACUGAUCGCUGAGCGACGGCUGUUGACUCCUGAGGUCGAGUGGAGUUGCGUGUAUGCCAAGGAGCGUGAGAAGCCUUCCAAAGCUCGCAAUGCUCGUCGCGAUGAUUAUGAGAUCGUAUCUAUGCAGAUAAUUCUAAUGCAACGGCCUGUAAAGACGAAGACUCAUUUUCGGACACCUAUGGGGGAUCUCGUGGACUUGGGUGUUCAUUUCGGUCCACGUCCUGAUAGGGCAAGGUGGUCUAGUGAUGAGGAGACUCACGAAGUGAGAGAUACAGGCUUACUACCCCGCAACAGAGAUCGCUUUGUACCUGCUUUCCCAAGGCCUCGACGAAGUCAAACUUUCUCGGGAAAUGAGGCGGGACAAGAUCGCUUGGAGCGAGAGCCCCUCCCACGUCCAGCUACGGCUACGGCUCUUCGUCGAAGGCCUGAACUAGAUGGCCAAACAUGGGCUAAAAUUGACGAUGAAGAAGAGGCACAUUCAGAGUAA